CCUUUUCUCGUCCACUCCCUUCCCUAAACACGCCUCUCAUCCACACCCUAGUUCAGGAGAGAGGGCCAUUUUCUGCACUCUGCAAAUCCCUCACCAAUCUGAGCAAGUUGUCUGGGGAGUUGGUUGGGGGGAACCAGAAUCAAGGAAGGUUCACGUAUGAGGUCCGCCGACAACCAGGGGCUCUGGGAGAAUAAACGACAGCCGGACAAUGUAGGGGCAUCCACCUCUCCAAGUUCGGCCCAGGGCAGGUGGAAGCUAAACGUAUGCGGAGGAUGGAAGAAAAGAGAGUGUCCAGGCCUCAGGCAUGGCGAUGCCCUAAGGCCGGCGUGGCGGUGACAGUGAGAUUCCCGUCGUAGCCCCCGCUAAUGCGGUUACCAAGGCAACUGGGUGGCACCAGCGCGAGCGGGAAGGCGGAGUACGUCGAAUUUUUGUAGGCUAGCCUGGGAGACUUGAGGAGUGGCCCUCCCUGAGUUUCCAGUCCCAGAGACCACGGCCUCUGCUCCAGGCGGUAACCCUUACCCUGGGAGCCAUGGGUCGGAUCUCGGGACUCGUGCCCUCUCGCUUUCUGACGCUCCUGGCGCAUUUGGUGGUCGUCAUCACCUUAUUUUGGUCGCGGGACAGCAACAUCCAGGCCUGCCUGCCUCUCAAGUUCACCCCCGAGGAGUAUGAAAAGCAGGACAUGCAGCUGGUGGCGGCGCUCUCUGUCACACUGGCCCUCUUUGCAGUGGAGCUGGCCGGUUUCUUCUCAGGAGUUUCCAUGUUCAACAGCACCCAGAGCCUCAUCUCCAUUGGGGCUCACUGUAGUGCAUCUGUGGCCCUAUCCUUCUUCAUAUUUGAGCGUUGGGAGUGCACCACAUACUGGUACAUUUUUGUCUUCUGCAGUGCCAUCCCAGCCGUCACCGAAAUAGCAUUAUUCGUCGGCGUCUUUGGGCUGAAAAAGAAACCUUUCUGAUACCUUCGUGACUGGAAGUAGGGAUGAAGGCUGGAGAAGCGAGGGACCACUCACCGCUCCUGGAAGAAGGAAACCAUAGGCUUCAGCCCUCCCCCUAAAACUGCAUUUGGUGGAGGAUGUCAGUGUUAUGGUAAUUGUCUCUCGAAUCUGGAGUUAUGAGUUUUGUUUACAGUUCUUCGUAAAAAUAUAUAUUUUAGGGUAAGAUCAAGACUUAAGGAAUUCCCUGGCGGUACAGUGGUUAGGACUCCGCGCUUCCACUGCAGGGGGCGUGGGUUCGAUCCCUGGUCGGGGAACUAAGAUCCCGCGUGCCGCGCAGCGUGGCCAAAAAAAAAAAAAAAGAAAGAAAGAUCAAAACAUAAAAAUUUAAGGAGAAAAUUGGGGUGGCCAAUCUACUAUAGAAACGGAACAGCCUUGCACUCUUAAGAUACUAGAUGUCGCUUUUAUUUUGGUUAUUACGGUAGAUUUCUGGCGGAAGGGAGUGGGCGGGGAUAUGUAAAUAAAGUGAGGCGGCCGGGUAGGACAGCAAACUCGUAAAUGAGUGGAGCCUUCUGGGAGGAAUUAGCCUAUGCUUUUUUGACGCCAAAUGCAAAAAUAUAUUUUGUAACAUCUGCAAAUAAAUGUAGCAACAGAAAUGGAAGAAACUAGAUAGCUUUAGGUUGCGCGGGCUAACGUGUUGGGUUCUCACCCUCGCUCAUAGUGGAAUCUUUUUCCCAGAGUAUGGAAUGCCCCAAAUCGUGUGGUAUCGUCAGGUAGGAUAAUCCUUACCUGUUUCUCCUUUUGGAGAACAGAAUAGAAAAUGAUGAUUGGAGCUCGCAUGAUUUCGUGAUUAACGGCUGUGCGUGAUCAGGCUUUGCAACAUCCUGAUUGCUCCUUUCUGAUUCUUUCUGACGAUCUUAAACUUCUGUGUUUCUUUUUUUGUGUUUCACGAGAAUAAUCACUGGUUAAUAUCACUUAAAGUUUUUAAUGACGUAUUAUGCGUUUUUGGUUUUUUUGGACAGUGGGUGGUUUGUGUCUGUUAUUGGUUGUUCUUCCGAAAGUUUCAGCAUCGAAACUUACGUUUCGUUUUCCAGAAGACAAUUGUGUGUUCUGAUAGUCUUCUUGUAGUUGGAUUCUCUAUUCAGGAGGCUGCUGAAGCUUUUGUUUUCAGUUAGUGGUUUUAAGAAGAGUGUUCCAAUUGUGCUUGGUAUUUUAUAGCAAGGAUACGUUAUAAGAGAAACUCAGGGCUAUUUUAAAGAAGCAAAAAGGCAUGCAAGGAGGUGCUUUCUGGUGGUGCUCUGCAGUUAAUUCCUAUACGUAGAUAACCUUUUCCUAGCUCUUUGUUUUCUGGCAGUGCUUGUUUGUGGAUACUCAUUGUAUGCUUUAGUAGGUACUGAGAGUGGAAAUAUUUGGUUCUCGGCCAUCACAGAUAUUGCGGCUCACGGAAAGAGACAGAAGUUUCUGGUACUCUCACUAGAGUAGUUUAAUUCUAAAUUGUGAUGAAAGCUGCAGAGGCGAUUUACAGGUGCUACGAAGGAGUGAUGAAUUUGCCCAAGGUGGCAGAAGUGCUGCUUCUCAGGAGCUGUUUAAGUGAGGACCUAGAGUGUGGUUGGAGCAGAGAGGAAAGGGAGCAGGUUGUCCACGAGGAAAAAAAGGUGGACCUUUGUAAGGUCACGGGUUCGAGCACUGGCUCAGGAGGAUCCAACAUGCCGAGGAGCAACUAGGCCCGUGCGCCACAACUACUGAGCCUGAGCUCUGGAGCCUGCAAACCACAACUAUUGAAGCCUACACGCAUAGAGAGCCUAUGCUCCGCAACAAGUGAAGCCAUGAAGCCACGACUAUUAGAAGCUGGCGCACCGCAACGAAGACCCAACGCAGUCAAAAAUAAAUUAAUUAAAAGAAAAUCUUGGGCUUCUCUGGUGGCGCAGUGGUUGAGAGUCCGCCUGCCGAUGCAGGGGACACGGGUUCGUGCCUCGGUCCGGAAGGAUCCCACAUGCCGCGGAGCGGCUGGGCCCGUGAGCCAUGGCCGCUGAGCCUGCGCGUCCGGAGCCUGUGCUCCGCAGCGGGGGAGGCCACAGCAGUGAGAGGCCCGCGUACGGCAAAAAAAAAAGAAAAAGAAAAUCUUGAAGUGUCAUGUCUGUAGGCCGUUACACUGUGAAUAGCACAGAAAGUUGAGGAUACAUUCCAGGGUUUGAAAACUUGUCAGUUUCAGCAAAGAAAUCACUCAAGUCAUUGAGGAAUCUGUGAGGUUUCAGCAUAUCGUGUGUUUCAUUUUUGUCUUACUCAAAAAUGAAAAUGAAAACAUCAACCAACGUUCACGCUGGAACUGCACUUGUACUUAGGAUAUAUAACUCCAUUUAUGAAAUCAUGGAUACAGAGUAGAAUUUACAAUAAAGAAUAUUGUACAUUUUAUUAUUUGCGGAUUCUGUUACGUAUCCUUUAUAUCAGUAAAAUUUAUGAUAAACUUAUGUACAUACACAAAUGCAUACUUUUUUUGGAAAGUGGGUUGUUAAACAUUUACCAGCACUUUCUUGCUCCUGCAAUCCCAAGAAACCUCUCAUCACCAAUGAUUUCCUUGUUCCUAAAUCCAGAGAUUCCCUCUCAGACUAGAGUUUGACCUCUUUCCAAUAUGUUGACCACUCCCCUCGUUUGAAAUUUGUUCUCCCUUCGUUUCUGAAAUUAGUUCCCCUGGCUUACCUCCCACCCUUCUUAGGCUCAGCUAAUGAAUACUGACUGAGAACCCACAGCUGGCCAGUCACUGGGGACAUAUUACCGGAUUGCCGCCUCUGCUUGCCUCUUAAGUGUCGGUGGUCAUUACUCCUUGGGUGACUUCAUCCACCUCUUGUCUUCAGACACCACCCAGAUGCUGCUGGUUUCCAUGCCUUGGCUCUCUUCUGUGUUCCCCAACCUGGGGCAGAGACUGGAAGCGAGCUGUGGAGCCAAACCUGGGGUUAACGUGCACCCUCUCUCCUUGGUUGUGU